AGAGAGUGUGAGAAUAGAGAGAGAGAGAGUGAGAAUAGAGAGAGAGAUGGUGUGAAAAUAAAGAGUGAGAAUAUAGUGAAAGAGAGAGAGAGUGUGAGAUUAGAGAAAAAAGAAGGAGAGAGUGUGAGAAUAGACAGAGAGAGAGGAGUGGAGCCGCAGUGAUUUGUCGGCGGAGAGGAAGAGGAAGAGGAGGAAGAGGAGGCUGUGUCCUGAGCUGCAAUUGAAUUCCAUGGUGAAGGAUUCUGUCGUUUAUUUCCUCUGGAACCGAUCGACAGCAACAACAACAAGUUGCAUUUAUAUAGCGCCUUUCAAGUCAGAAAGAUGUCCCAAAGCACUGGAACAACGACCGAGGGUGGAACAAUGAAGUUGUUUGUGUUUUUAGUACUUUUUUUAUUUGAGUCACAUUUGGCAAGUGGACAGAAUGGAGAUCCUCCAGAAGCACCUACUGAUCUACGUUGCCUAUCCCAGAGCCUCGCCACUAUCGUCUGUUCAUGGAACCCAAACACAAGCCUCGAUACUACCUACACUGUCUGCCAGGACAGUUCAAGAAAAUGCACCUCAGUGGGAAGAAACACCUCUGUUGAAUUACAGUUUUCUCUGUUCAAGACUUUGCAAAUAAGAAUCAUUGCUAAUAAUUCCCUGGGCACACAGGAGUCGGAUAUAUUUACAGUGAACGAAAGCAAUAUCGUGUUUCAGCCUCACACACCGCGUAUGGUCAGGGUGUUCAGAGAGGAAUCAGACCUGGAGCUGCUGGUGGAGUGGAGCGAUGGUGCUGAUAUGUACAGCUUUGAUUUAAAUCUCCUGUUCCAGAUCCAGGUCAUCCAAACACAGAGCCUGAAGGAGGUCGGGACAGGGAAUCGCAGUGUGACUCUGAACCCUGGACAUAACCGAAUACUGCAGUGGAGCUGGCUGACAGAGAUGCCGUUACAAUGCACGUCUCACUCUGUGAGAGUCCGCUGUAUCAGCAAUGAACCUCAGUACCUGUUUGCUGGGAUCAAAGCUUGGAGUGACUGGAGCCCGUGGUCAACAUUGGAUGGAGAGGAUGUGUCCAAUCAAACCAGUAACCAUAUCUACCCUAAAGACGCGAUCGUCCUGGAAGCAGGAACCAAUAUGACAUUUUGCUGCAUCGCUGGUGUGGGAAGUUUUGUUAAAAGACUCACUUAUCACAACUAUCUGAUACCACUGAUUAAACUGAGCAACAGGAGCACUGCCAUCGAAGUGAAGAAUCUGACAUUCCUCUUAGAAGCCGGAGGCAAUGUGUUUUGUGAGCUAUCUUCAGAUAUCACGGGAGCAGUUAUAUUUGUUGGAAGUCACCCCGACGUCCCACAGAAUCUGACCUGUGAAACACGGGACUUGAAGACUCUGAAUUGUACCUGGGACCCGGGAAGAUUUACGGGACUGACUGCAGAACGCAAUACAAUCUACACUCUCAGUCACGGAUCAACAUCUCUCACAUGUGAUAAAGCUUCGCAGACCUCAGCAUAUUACUGGUGUGCUUAUACACUCUCCAAUACAAGUCAAUAUAAUAUCUCACUGACUGCUGAAAACCCACUGGGGAAAACACAAGCCAGCAUCUCAGUCAAUGUCACCCGAGUAGUUCACCCCUUUGCUCCUGAUAAUCUAAGGCAAGGACUCGUCACUGCAGACACAAUCACUCUGUUGUGGUUGGACCCAGUGAAUUACAAAGGCAUUUGGCUGAUGUGUGAGAUUGUGAUCAGCGAAGAGGGGGGUAAAAGCACGUUGCUCAACUACUCGGUACGUGGAGAAUCGCCGUAUAAAAGCCACGUGGUACAGAUAGACCGAUUGCGAGCCAACACAUUGUACACCAUCAGAGCCCGCUACACGUCUCAGCACUUCUGGAAGUGGAGUGAAUGGAGUAACACAGUGACUGUGCGAACCCAGCAAGCUGCUCCAUCAGUGGGUGUGGACGUCUGGAGAGACAUUAGUGUGAAUGGUUCCAGACGGAUGGUCACGCUUUUCUGGAAGUCCCUGUCAGACGCUGAGGCUAAUGGGCCAAUCGAGUCCUACACAGUGACAUGGAAGAAGGUGGGAGAUGGUGCUGUGAGCAGUGAGGAGGCCGUGAGCACCAGCACAGAGCUGGAGCUGGACACAGCUGCCUACAGCGUCAGUGUGGUCGCCAGGAACAGUGCUGGACUCUCUCCUCGCUCCACUAUCACCAUCCCUCCUCACAGAGGUGAUGUAGAUGUGGAGGUGGAGAGAGUGACUGGUUCGGAAGGUGGAUUCAACUUAAGUUGGGAGAGCAGACACCACAGGAGCUGUGGCUACACUGUGCAGUGGUGCAGACCCCCUGACUGCCAGCCAGAGUGGCUCAAAUUACCCUCCAACCUCCGGCACGCCGUCAUCCGAUCAGAUGUCUUUAAACCUGGAGUGCGCUACAACUUCUCAGUGUAUGAGUGCAGGCCGGACGGUGAUUACUUACUGGAGGAACAGGUUGGCUACACAAAAGAACUAGCGCCCACUGAUGGGCCUGAGGUGACAGUGAGGGAGACGGCGGGGGAUUGGAUUUGGCUGCAGUGGGAGGACAUCCCCCAGGACAAGCUACGAGGGUUUAUUGAGGGAUUUAACAUCUAUUAUAUCAAGAGCAACGCCUCGUCCCCAGCCUGGCUCAGCCAGCCCGCAAAGACGAUACGAGCCUCGGAGAAGAAGAUCUUUAAGAUCAAUGGCCUGAAUCCUGGCACAACGUACAACAUCGCUGUGAGCGCCUUCACUGGAGGAGGGGAGGGUCCGGUCAAACUGACCAUGGUCACUACCCUGAACAGCCCCCUCACCCUGAUCCUGGGCAUCACUGUACCUCUCCUCCUGGCCCUAAUACUGGGACUGAUGCUCAGUGUCUUCUGCUAUCGCAAACAGGAAUGGAUCAAAGAGAGCUUUUAUCCUGACAUUCCCGACCCCAAUAACAGCAAAGUUCUGCAGGAUGGAAAUUUCUUUCAGGGAGUCUCCACCUGUAGUACGCUGGAGCCCAGGGACUGCAUCCCCAACGAGGUGCAGGUGGUGGAGGGCAGACAGCUGGCGAUGGAGGGCAGGAAGGGCAGCCUGUACGAGUCAAUCCCUGACGACACAUCCAACCAGGAGAGCCAGAGCCAAGGCGUGCUGUCCUACACCCACAGCGGGUAUCAACCGAUACCAACCUGCCCUCCAACACCUCGGGCCGCACAAACCUAG